CCAAAUCUCAAUGCCCGGCCCAAGCUUCAAGCUCUCUCUCGAACAGGCUUCGCUCGCUCGCGUGCGCUUCCCCGGUUCGAACUCGAACGGGGGGGGGGGAUCAAAAACCAGAGAUCACCAAAGCUGACGAAGUUCGAGCACGACGAUCGAUGGACGCGUGACCGAUGGAUCCUCCCUCCCGCACGCACGCAGAAUCACCCGCGCAGCGCCUCUCCGACCGUCACCGCGGCGCGCAUUCUGCGCACGGACGCCGAUAGCUAGGUCAAGCUCGAGCUGCUGCUGCUGCCGCUUCUUCUUCGCCCAGCCGAGAGCGCGCCGUGCCUCGGUGGUUUUCGAUACGUUUCCGCGGUUGAUCGUCGCAAUUCAGCAGGUGACUCUGUUCUUGGUUUUCUGUCGGAUUACGGUAGUCCUUGUGAGCAGUGUGUUAAUUAUCAAUGUAGUUGUUAACGUUGCCCUUUGGAACACCCAUUGGUUCUCGGUUUCAAUGAUGAAUUCCCACCAUAUCCAGAUUUAGAGGAGGUCAUUGUAGAUUGUUGAAUCAAUGGAAGGCGGAAGCUUGUAGAAAAAAGUGUUGGAAUGCAUGGAUGUAGUGGAGAGUCCACUCUCCUUGUAAAUGCUGAGGUUGAUUCUUCCAUGGGUGGAGUUGCUGACUGUGGAGUUGGCACUAGUAUCAAAGCCUCUCCACACCAAGCAGCAAUUGAGAAGGCUCAAACAGAACUUGGACUGGAAUAUGACUAUCGUGAAGAACGGAGAAGAGAGCUGGAAUUCCUUGAGAAAGGAGGCAAUCCUUUGGAUUUUAAAUAUAGCACUGCAACUGCAGCCAGUGUGCAAUCAACUUCGCUUACUGAUCAACAUUUGGAGCAAGUGGCAACCAGUGAAGCAAGGGGUAGUUUUGCAUUGGCUGCAUCACCUCAUGGGGACUCUCUUGAGAGUAGUGAUAGGCCUCGACUUCUCUGUGGUUCAAACUGUGUCGAUAAUCAAUUAGAUUCUAAUGGUGAGGGCCAUUUGGUUGAAGGAGAAAAGAACUCAAUGCGUGGUGGUAGAAGGAAUAAGUUUGCUCCUUCUAAGCAGUCAUCUCAAUUUGAUGGGAGUCAAAAUGCCAAGGACUCUGAAGAGUCUGCUAUAUUUCGUCCAUAUGCUCGAAGGAAUCGGUCAAGGCCAAACCGUGAUGGUGCCCGAUCAAGUUCUGCUGAUAUGUUUCACGGUCAUGGUUGUCAUGGAUUAUCUUUAGCCAUGCGAGUGGGUUUUAGAGACCCUAAGAGUUCAGUAUCCGAAAUAAUGAACCACAAGGAAGAGAGUUUGCUGAUGAUCACUAGACCGAAAUGCUCAAGUGCCAAGGGCAACAAAAGAAUUCAGUCAGAUAUUGGGGUAGAUGGUGAGAAGGAUCUUGAAUCAACUUCUGUUCAUGCAGAGAGCGACCAUCCUGGUGGUAACUUGGAUGUUGCAGUUAAAAUCUCAAGGGAUAACCGAAGUACUAGAUCAGUUAAAGUUGAUUUAACGAAGAAUGCAGUAGAUAUGGAUUCUGGUGUUUCAGAUAUUCGAGCUAGAGAAAAUUCGGCAUUUGCUGAUACUGAUCUUCCGUCCGCAGUUGUAGCAAAAGUUGAAGAUGAAACUAGUUCUGGUGUAGUGAGUAGUUUUGCAGACGAACAUAGUGACCGGAGAAACCAUGUAAAUGAGUGUCAAAAUAAGGCUGCUGCAUUUGGUGUGACGGGUUUGGACUCAGAAUCUUCCUGUACCCGCACUAGUACAGGCGCAGAUGUACAUAAUGAUUGUGAUGUUUAUAAUAGUUCAAAAACUGCCUGUAUCACUGUGAAUGCCGGGAUGCUUCCAUCUGAACCUGAGGCUAGUGAGAAGUUAAUUUCUGAAGAAAUUGUAAAAGAGCCAAAUGACAGCAAAAGUACUGAAUAUGAUGCUCUUUCAAAAGAUGAGAAUAAAUCUGAUGCUCAUGCCCAUGUAGCUAAUGGUGCCAUUUGUAAAGGUGAAGAAAUGCAUGAAAGAUCUGGCCCCGAAAAGGAGGUGCAAAAUUCUCCAGGAGGCAGGGGGAUGGUACAGAUUGGACAUGUUGCGUCAGCAAUUGAAAGAGAUAGAAGCAAAAGUUUUGAUGGCAAUCCCAUUAUCCAGGAAAAGAUUCCCCUUGGAAGACCUCAAGGAAUUGAUGUUUUAGCUUGUGAACAGAAAAGUUCUUCUUCAGAGAGGGAUCAUGCUGUUCUUUUAGACCCUAAGAUUUGUUGUUUGGACAACUUGAACUUGGUAGAUAAGGCAAGAGAGGAUCGUGUCGUGGAAGAGGCACAAAUAAUUGAGGCACGUCGUAAGAGGAUUGCUGAGUUAUCUUUUGGUGCUAUAAAGUUGGAGAACCGUCGGAGAUCUCACUGGUAUUAUGUCCUUGAAGAAAUGGCAUGGCUGGCAAAUGAUUUUGCACAGGAGCGUGUUUGGAAAAUGACUGCUGCAGCUCAAUUAUGUCAUCAAAUUGCUUCUGCAUCACAGUUGCGAUUUGAAGAACAAUAUCGUCAGAAAAAGCUGAAAAAGUUAGCAUUCAACUUUGCGAAGGCUGUGAUGCAAUUCUGGCAUGUAGCGGAUAUGCUUGCUUAUGGUGAUGAUGCAAGUUUUGACAUGAAAAGCGACCAUUGUCUGGAAGAUGGACCAAGGAAGAGAGAUGACAAUGAUUUGCAUCAUGACAAAAGCAGAAAAAUCCAGAAGAUGCAGGUACUAUGUUCCGCAAAAUUUCCUUCGCUUGCUGUUCAGGGAUAUGCCAUGCGGUUUUUGAAAGAGAACAGGCUACAUGUUCCUGCCUUCAAAGCUGAGGCAUUAACAGAUACAGAGGAAGAGACAGACAUGGAGAUUUCCCAAUUAUCCCAUGACAAUCAUCUUACAGGAGAUAGUAUCUUUUACACAAUUUCCUUUGGUGCAAUGGAGACAUACAGGAAGUCUGUUGAAUCCUGUGUGACACAGUGUGAGAAUACGGAAAGUAAUAUGCAGGAGGAAGUCAAUUCAUCCUUGCCAGAGACAAUAUCAGUCUAUGGAUACCAAGCAACUCCUCAUAACGAAAAUGAGCGAGAGACAUGCAUGUACAAUCUUUCUGGGACCUUCAAAGGUAGCAAGUUGUCAAAACCUUUCCAGAAGAAUCAGAAACGCUUUAAGUCAUACACUUCUGGAUCGUAUGAAAUGGCAGCUGAUUUACCCUAUGGAGAAAACAGAAUGGGGACGCAACAGUCAUUUUUUAUGGGCAAGAGAGCUGCUAAUCUCGAUGUUGGUCCAGUUCCACCAAAGCGCAUGCGAACUACUCCCAGACAGAGGGUCUUAAGUCCCUUGAAUGGUGGAGCUGGUUUGAGGGGUUAUACCAAAAGUGAUGCUUCUAGUGGAGAUACCAAUUCUCUUCAGGACGAUCAGAGUACACUGCAUAGUGGAUCACAGGUUCAGAAAAUUAUGGAGGCUGAGUCAGUUGGGGGCCUUGAAAAGCAGUUGCCGUAUGACUCUGCGGACGCCUCAAUCAAAUCCAAGAAAAAAAAGAAACAAAAGCUUCUGAGUUCUCCAUACGAGCAGGAUUGGCAGCUGGAUUCCACUGUUCACAUUGAACAGGUAUUCAUUAAUGCCACCAUUGUUGCACAGAGGGAUCAAUUGAAGAAGAGGUUAGAGAAUCAUUAUUUUGAUUCAAAUAGAGCCAGUGCCAAGAAGCCAAAGAUGAUCAAGCAAUCACCUGAUAAUACUUUUGACAACAUCACGUCAGUGACUGGGUCCAUCCCUUCUCCUGUAGCAUCUCAAAUGAGUAACAUGUCCACCCCGAACAAAUUGGUAAACUCGACUAACGGUCAUGAUAGGAGCACGAAAGUGAAAGGAUUUAAGAUGUCCACAGUGCAGCCAGGUUCUGGAAGUCUUUGGUCACUAGUUGAGGACCAGGCUCUUAUCGUCCUGGUACAUGAUAUGGGUCCAAAUUGGGAGCUGGUCAGCGAUGCAAUCAAUAACACUCUACAAUUUAAGUGUCUAUUCCGCAAGCCUAAAGAAUGUAAGGAGCGUCACAAGUGUUUAAUGGAUAAGAAUGCUGGUGAUGGGGCUGAUAGCGGUGAAGAUUCGGGGUCGUCUCAUUCUUAUCCGUUUACUUUACCAGGCAUUCCUAAGGGAAGUGCAAGACAGUUGUUUCAGCACUUGCAAGGGCCUAUGGUGGAACAAGCUUUAAACGAACACUUUGAGAAAAUAAUUAGAAUUAGCCAGAAGCAGCAUUACCAAAGAAUUACGAAUGACAGCCAUAAUCAAAAGCAAAUACCUGUCCACCACUCUCAUUUUGUUGCUCUUUCUCAAGUUUGUCCAAAUAACCUCAAUGGAGUUUUUCUCACACCUUUUGAUCUCUGUGAAACAACUGCGCCCCCCGUGUAUCAAGGUUCUCAAGCUAGUAAUCUAGCAUCAUCAAACCAAUGGGCUGUGCCACCAAUGCUUGCUACAUACGGGGAAAAUAAAUCUGGGGAAAUUUCAUCAUUACAUGGAUCAAGCAGUAUGGUUCUUGGUCCUAACUCCUUGUCAUGUACUGAUGCACUCACAGCCUCUUGCAGAUUUAAUUUUCCAAGAACAUUAUCUACGCCAGUUGAUCAGCAGAAUACGACGCAGCAUUAUAAUCAAAUGACAUCUCCUGUGAACAUGCAACAACCCAACCUAUCUGUUUCUGGGCCUCUCUCUGUGACUGAUUGUGAUGUCCGUAUGAAGCCUGGUGGAAACGGUGUGGUUGUGAAUAGUGGGAUGGAUGGAAGCAUGCCAAUGUCUCGAUUGGAGAUUCAUGGAAUGACCUCGUCAUCAGUGCUGAGUACUAGCAGCAUGAUGGGUAUGCCAAGUCCUGUAAAUAUGCACCCUAGACCUGAUUCUGCACAAGGAAACUCAACCUUGCAACCUCGUGAGGCUCUGCAUUCGGUGAGGCCUGACCAUAUCUCGGAGCAGCAAACCCAAAGGUUGGUUCCGGGAUUUCAAAAGCAGGUCACUCAAGGGAAUAUUCAAGGCGUUCCUCCUCUUAAUGGGUUGGGUUGUGCGUUUUCUAAUCAGGCAACUCCAACUCAGAUGUAUCCAGGCCAUUCUCAGCAGCAAUAUCAAUCGUCCUCUCGACAACCUCAUCUGCCUAAUAGUCCUUAUUAUCGCCCUAAUAUUCAGGGGCAGAAUCAAGCAACUGAUUUGCCACAGCAAACUUAUGCAAUCCGUAUUGCUAAGGAAAGACAGCUUCAGCAGCAGCAUCUCCAACAGCCUCAGCAGCAGCUCUCUGGAUCUAAUAAUGCUGUCACGUCGCAUGUGCAACCACAACCUCAGUCUCCCAUUCCGUCUUUGCAGAAUAGUUCCCUGCAACAAUCCCAGUCACCAUCGCAGUCAAUGCCCAUGUCACCACAAACACCCUCUUCACCAAUGGCGCCGAUAUUUUCUCCUCAACAUCCUCAGAAUUAUCCGCUCCAACCUCAUGCUCUUGGCCUAAAUCAUCAGAAUAAUACUAUUAGUUGCUCGACUAAUCAGACUGGAAGGCAACGUCAACGUCAGCUGCAGCAACAGCAACCUCAACAAUAUAGCAGGCCCCCUCCUAAAAGGCAGCAACAGAAGCAAGCUAUGAAGGGAAUUGGGAGAGGAAAUAACUUGGUGAAUCAGAACCUCUCUUCUGACCCUUCGCAUCUGAAUGGUCUCUCUAUGGCUCCAGGAAGCCGGGGGGUGGAGAAAGGCGAUCAGGUAUUGCAGUUCGCGGAAGGUCAAGGUUUUAGGAAUCCUGGGUCAACGGUAAAUAAUCCUGUCCGACCACCUAAAUCCCAGAUUCCUUCCAAUCCCAAUCAUCCCCAGCUGCAGCAGACGCUGCUUUCUGGUCCCACAUCUCCUGUGUCAAAGCAAAUAAAGCAGAUUCCUUCUAAGUCUGAUAGUAGCUCUGCUGAGCAUGUGUCAUCCAUUCCAAACAAGGCCAUUACAUCUCCACUGACAGCUUCUAACCAUCUACAGGCACUGCACAUACAUCAACAACCCACACAAAAGCUGGUUAAUCCCGUUCGACCACCGUAUGCUGUCUUUCAACAAAGCCAUCCAAUGACAUCCAAGCCAUCUAUUAAGUCUCAAACCAACCAAGCUCAACUUGACUGGAGACCUGUGAAUAAUAGUACUUCUCAGGAAAACACUGCUGCAACGGCAGCUCAAGCCUCUGUUGAUUCAGCUAAUGCAGCACCUGGUAAAAAGUCUCAACCAUUAUAUGCUUCUCGUUUGUCAGCUCCACCUCCUCGUGUGGGUUUUGUUGGAAGACCACUUACUGCAAAUAUGGCCGGAAAUAAGUCAAUACCAUAUGUAGGCCAGAGUACAGAGCGAUGUCGAGAACCAGGUAGCUUGUCUUCUCAUGGUCAUAGCAUUGAUUGCUUAGGGACACAGCUGGGGCAGAAGCAGUCACAACCUAUGAUGCCACCCCUCAUGCCUCGGCCGUCACCCAAGCAACAGUAUCAGCUGCAAGAACAGUUUCUAAAGUCUGAAGAGCAACAAGAAGCACUUCAAAAACCACUGCCAAAGUUGCCUCCUCAGCUACAAAGGCAGCAUUUGCAAGCAGGGCAAGGAAAUUGACAUGUGAUGCAAGAGAAAUUUUUUUUUUCCGGAAAGCAUGAUGCUAGAUCUUGAAUUCGAAUGGUCAAUUCAUUAGACAAAACAAGGUAUUACUCCCCCAAGUGAUGAAUGAGCGUGUCCUUGUGACAACUCUGUACAGGGAUUGAUACUGAUUUUGUGAGCAUCCAUGCAAAUGGAGUUGGCUACUACAAAAAUAGACCUUGGAAGUAAGAAUGGCUAGGAGCUAUGACCGUUUACUUCAAGCUAUCUGAAAGGUUAAUUGAAGGAUUGUAGCAGAUCGUUUGUUUAUUGACUUUUUGGAAUCAUGUAUAGUAACACUUCUCAGGUUUUAAUCGAGAGGAGACCAGUAUAGAGUUUUUUGUACAGAGGUCUCAUCUCUCCUUUCCUUCUCCUCUAGGUGUUUUUUGGUUCUCUUGGCUAAGUGGACUGUUGCACGUGUAAUUACCCUUUCAGAUCAAGUGGGUAGCAAUUACUGUCACAGGCAAAGGCUUAGAACAUUGUGUGAAUAUAAUGGUUCCUGGUGUAUAGACUGAUCUUCUCAAUGCAGUUAUUUGGCCUCACUUUUUUUCCUUA